UGAAUUUGACAGAAAAUCAUAAUAACCUCUAAUUGAAUUUUAUAAUCAUCAACCAAUGGAAAUUGAAAAUAAUAAACUCUGAUUGUGAUUAUAAAUUGAAGUGUAUAUGUAAGAAUCUAGAAUGAAUGUUUUAAGAUUACUGAAGAGUAUACAUCAACAUCAACCGAUCUCAAAACUUUGCCAUCUGAAAUACAGUUCCCACCACCCGGCGAGAUUUUUAGAAAUUCAAGAUAAAUGGAGGGAGACAGAUGGAAUGUCUAAAAAUUGGGAACUUGUCUAUAAAGCUCCAAUGGAUAAUGCAAUUAACUUCACAUCCGCAUAUUUGACACUAUCAUCAAGUAUUAUAGCAACUUCUGCAUUAUAUUAUACAACAUUUGUGUUUGAUUAUGAAGCAAUAAAUGAUCCAUUGAUUUGGGGAGACGGCAUUAUAGUCGCUAACAAUGCAACUGAAUUCAUUGUAUAUCUGACUUCAUUCUUUCUUUUUCAUAUUGCAAUCAAAGUUUUGCUUAAUAAAUAUGUUCUACGAUUAUAUCAAAAUGAUGAUAACUAUGUAGCUGUUUUCAGAGGGCACUGGUACAAUUAUACAUUCAAACACAAAUUCCAUUUGAAUGAUUUUAAAAAGUUGAGUCCUACAUUUGUAGUAUCAUGGGGUAAUGCAAGAUAUGAUCUUGGUAAGAAGCAUGGAAUUCUCUUGGAAAAUUAUUUUAAGACACCUGAGCAUUUGAAUUAUUUAUUAUUUAAGAGGAAAAAUAAACUUAUUGAUUAGAAUAAGAAGUUGUACACUUUUUUGUUGAUUAUGUCAGGCAAUGUAGAGAAAAUAAAAGAUUUAUUUAUUAUC